UGUCGCCAAAAACUAAAUAUACGUAUACAAAAGGUAUCAAAAAUUGGAUAUGGGAUUAUUUUUCGAUAAAAGAUAGUAUAAGUUUAUCGACAUGCGUUAUUUGUGGUACAAAAAGGGUCCAUGGAAAGUAUAAUUACGAUAUGGAAAAAAUAUAUAGUCAUUUAUCUACUAUGCAUACGGAAAUUUAUAAAGAAAUUGAAAAGAUAAGAAGUAAAGAAUGGGAAGUGUUCUUUGAAAGGGUGCCAUGCUCAACUGAUACAAGCAGCGUUAAUGUAAAAUGCAAACUAUGUGCUCAAAAUCCAUAUGAUAUAAAGCUUCGACUAUACAUGCGUUGUGAUACUAUGGAAACACAUUUAAAAUACGUACAUAACGUUACGGUAAAUGAAUGGAGAGAUCUUAAAAACUGGCGAGACGCGAUCCUAACCGAAACGUAUUAUGACCUGAUUGAGGAAUAUGAAGAUCAAAAGAUAGAAUCGAUCAAAAAAACAAAAAUGUGUAAGAAAUGUAAACAUAAGUUUCCAUAUAGUAAUCUAUGCAUCAUGCUCAAGCAUUUUAUUCAAUAUCAUCCAUCCGACAUUACCUUCGGACGCGCUUCACCUUCGAAACUAUAUUUACCUUCGGAUAUACUACCAAACGGAUUACUUAAAUCGAAUGAGAUUGAAGCUAUUGUAAAUUCUGAUGAUGCAAUGAGGAGCAGCAGUCCAUCAAUAUCUGGUCGAUCUGAUGUCCUGUCCAGUCUGAUGGAAGAUAUUUAUGACUUGUAUAUUAAUUAUUGGUCAACAGAAGAUGUAGAUGCUGCACCGACCAUGAAUCCACAGUCACCAACAUCUGACCUUUUUGAUAGCAACCUUCAAGAACUUAUCAAUGAACGCUGUCAAGAGUUACAAUCAUCAUCUCAUCAUUCUGAUGACCUCCUUCCGAUGCAAGAACAUGCCAGUUACAAGGAAACUGAUAAUUCGCCAACAGAAGAUGUAGAUGCUGCAUCGACCAUGAAUCCACAGCCAUCAACAUCUUCUGGCCGUUUUAAAAGCAGCUCUGGAAAACCUUCCAGGAAAAUCAGUCAAAAUGCAAGCAGUGACGAAGAUGAUUAGUGAUAUUGCACGAAGCAACACCAUAACAUCGCUUCAACAUCUACACACACAAGUUCGGCCUCUAGAUUUGAUUUCUGAUACUUUAGUAUCAUUAUAUUGUAAUCAAGACACUCGAUGUUCUCCUGUUUAUAUUGAAAGUAUUGAAAGUAUUGAAUAUUAUUGAAAGUAUUGAAAAACAAUGAAAACAAUGAAAAGAAUUGUUAACAUAAUUCAAACCAUUGACAUCUGAAUAGAUAGACGGAACAUUAGCUAUCAAUUAAGACGAGAAGGACUUUAAUCGUUGAUAAUCGCGGUAAUGGGGAACUCUAUGAACUUCAGUUGAAUUAGGUUACUCCCGAUAAUGAACGGUUAAUAAUUCGACUCCAACUUCUUUCAUUAACAUCAA